UGCAAACGAGGUCAUCAGUGAGAAAAUGUCUGCUGUGGAAAGAGAGUUUAUUUUUGAUGCCGUUGUCGGCUUUUUAACUUCACCAAUAUGGAAUUCUCCUGUGCGCACUUUCAUAGACCAAAAUUCUCUCGUGUUCGAUUCCGAUGGUGAAAACCAUGAAGCCUACAAGGAGAUACACAACAAGUACAAGGAAAUGGUGGAAACAUUAUUGGCAAGUUUUUUGAAGGANGUAGGAAUAUCUGCAGAACAGUUCAUGAUGGCAUGUAAAGAUGGAAGUGGCAGUCCACAAUUUAAUGGCAUGAAUAGGGAUGUGUUUGAUCAGAUGUGGGCUGCUGAGGAUUUUGAAGUGUUCAAGAGAUUGAUGAUUCAGAAAAAUGUUGAGCUACAGUUACAGGCCUUGCAGCUUCUUCAGCAGCUGCACAAUGUCCAAAUACCAAUGCCAGUGCCAAUGCCAACUCAAAUGCCAAUGCCUGUACCAGUUGCUCCACCCCAUGCACCCCCUCCAGCUGUUCCAAACAUGGAUGAAGAUGCUAUUAUGCAAGAAGUGUUGAAGAGAUCUAAGGAAGAGUAUGAAUCAAAGCAAAAAGAUGCAAAGGGAAAGACAGAACAAGAACUUGUGAAGACAAUAGCAGAAUCCAAGGAAGAAAGUGAGAGGCAGUCUUUGUCUUUCACAACUCUGGAAAGUGUAGUCGAUGAAGAAGGUUCCAGGUUAAGGGAAAUAGCAAAGAGAGAACAAGAAGAAUUAGAAAAGGCGCUUCAAAUCUCACUGGAGGCACAGAAGAAGCAAACGGCUGAGGCGGAAAAAUUACGCGAUGAAGUAAAACAGUCGGCAGCCAAGACGUCUCCUCGACCCACCCCUGUUGAGAGCAAACCAGCACCUAAGCCCUCCCCUGCUGCAAGUAAAACUGUUCCCGAACCUUCCCCGACUGAAAGUAAAACAGCACCCAAGCCCUCUCCUGUAAAACCUAAAUCGCCUACACAACCAGAAGUGAAGGCGUCUGCCUUACCGCCCUUGUCGGGACAGACGAAGAAGGAGGCGGAGAAACCGUCUGAAGCGGCAGCAGGGUGGAUGAAGAGUGCUAAGGAAGAUGUCGCGAGCGGUGCCUCUGUCACGCCAGCACCGAAGCAGGAGAUAACAGAGGAAGAACUUAAGAGACGCGCUGCGUAUCUGAAGCAACAACGAGACAAGCUUCUGGCGUUGAAGAGGCAGGAACGUGAGAAAAGCUUGACGAAGUAUACCGAGCAGCAGCCGAAAGCUCGGCCGACCUCCAGCCGAGCGGCCCGUCGGGUCACUGCUGGAGAGCAGGUUGAUUCCCCCGCUUCAAAAAGCAGCGAAGAUGAUGGGAAAAAGUUGGCAAUGCGCAGAGCUCUCGCGGACUGUUUGAAACGAGAAGUUAUCGAUAAGAAUUGAAUCAAGAACAAUUUAGAAUGAAUUCCAGUUACGGCUGGUUUAUUUGUAGGUCUUUUUGAUAUCUCAACUACUAGCCAUCCCAGGGAGUCUGGCGAGCAAUGUCAGUGUUCGGUACUACGAUUAUCAGUUGAGUAAUGCGCAACGAAAGUUUGCUCACCAGGUUUUAACGUGAAAAUGGUGUUGUUGUCAUGGGCAACUGGAUCCGUUUCCAGUGGCAACUUGUCGGCUUUUGACGUCAUUGGCAGCAAAGUAGGCUGAUUUAGCAAGAGAACGGGAA